CCCGCCCGCUGGCUCUCGGCUCGGGUGAGAGGAGAGUCCGUCGCCGCUUCAGCCGCCGCCUGGCCGGAGGAGUCCGGAGCGCUCCUUUUUUUCCCCCCCUCCCCCGUCCGCGCCUGAGGUGACCGCACCGGCCGCUCGACCGACUGACUGACCGCCCGACUGCCCAGCCCGUUACCUUGACCCGGACCCGUCCCGAGCGGCGCCGGCGAGGGGGGGGUGAGCAGCCGGGCCCCGGCGGGAGCAGCGCGGUCCGUGAGGAGGAGCAGAUGCCCUGAGGUUUGUCGGUCUCAUCACUGUAGAAGUUGCCUGUGUAAAACUCUUUACUGUGCCUCGCCAUUUGUACUGCGUGAGGAAGGGAAGCCAGCUGUGUUAAUGCCUAGACUGCUUGAAUGACAGAUUAAUCAGCCACUCGAUGGGGAUUACCAGUGAAGCAGCUCUUUGUGUCACCUUUCCAACUUUGUGUAGCAAGAAAAACAACUUCAGCAACUCUUCAAUGAUAAUUAUGAAACUGGUAUUAACUGAAUGGCAAUUAUGGAUUUUUAACUUUAAUUCACAGUAAACAAAAAAAAAGCAAGCCAGCAAGCCAUAUGUUGAGUUCCAAUUUCCUACCAAAAAGCUUUUUCUUCUGAAUGUUUCAACACCUGCACAAGAAAUUGAUGACGAAACCUGUUCGUAACGAGGGGAAUUACAAAUACUGCUUGCACAACGAACACAACGCCAUCAGAAAGAGAAGACAUCGUAACUUAUCGUUAGAGAUGAUAGUGUUAUUUAUAGAUAUAUAAUAAUAAUAAAUAUAAAUAUAUAUAUUUUUAUGGUAAUGAAAAUGGCUCCCCAGAAUGCUGAUUCGGAAUCUAUGCAAGUUCAAGAGCUACCUGUGGUACAGCUCCAAAAACCGGAAAAUGAGAAUGAGAGUAAAGAAGAGACUAUAAGUGAAGGAUCUAUAGACCGGAUACCUGUACGUCUCUGGGUGAUGCAUGGUGCUAUCAUGUUUGGCAGAGAAUUUUGUUAUGCCAUGGAGACAGCUUUGGUCACACCUGUAUUGCUACAGAUUGGUCUUCCUGAACAGUACUAUAGCCUCACGUGGUUCCUUAGUCCAAUUCUGGGCCUCAUCUUCACGCCUUUGAUAGGGUCAGCGAGCGACCGCUGCACCCUCAGCUGGGGCCGCCGGCGGCCUUUUAUCCUUGCCCUGUGCAUCGGAGUCCUCUUUGGAGUGGCCCUUUUCUUGAACGGCUCCGAUAUAGGUCUGGCCAUUGGAGAUGUUCAAGACAAGCAGCCCAUCGGCAUCAUCCUCACUGUGCUGGGAGUGGUGGUCUUGGAUUUCUGCGCAGAUGCAACAGAGGGGCCGAUCCGUGCCUAUUUGCUGGAUGUGGUGGACAGUGAAGAGCAGGACAUGGCACUCAAUAUCCAUGCCUUCUCAGCUGGUCUUGGAGGAGCCGUUGGCUACAUGCUGGGGGGCCUUGACUGGAUGCAGACUUUCCUCGGGUCUAUUUUCAAAUCCCAAGAGCAGGUCCUGUUUUUCUUUGCAGCCAUUAUUUUCUCCGUCUCUGUCGUCCUCCACCUUUGCAGCAUUGAAGAAGAGCAAUACAACCCUCAACAGGACAGGAUUGACGACGAAGCCGACACCUUGUCAAGCAUCAAGCUGAGCGGGAGCCUUCCACCUCUGAACCGGCUCAACGUCAUCAGCGAGGAAGACCCUUAUGGGAACCCGGCCUUCCCAGAUGAGGUCCAGUCUGAACAAGACCUUAGCAUGGACUUUCUGGAUGUGGACAUCGUACGGAGCAAGAGCGAUUCUGUCCUGCACAUGCCCGACGCCACUUUAGAAAUUGAAUCUGAGCUCCUUUUCCUUCACGACAUCGAGCCUUCCAUCUUUCAGGACUCUUCUUACCCAAACACCCCUCACAGCACCAGUCAGGAACUCAUGAAAUCCAAAUUCAACCGCCUGUCUGCUUUCCUCAGGGAAAACGAGAAGGAGGAGGAGAUGUUACUUGAUAAUCACUUGAACGAAGCCAAAGUCCCAAAUGCCAAUGGUUCUCUACCAAAAGAUCUCCUGAACGGACAUGCUAGGAUUGGCAUGAAGCAGUCAAGCACUUCGAACUCCAUGCGCCGACGAAGACACAUGUUCUACCGCCAGCCCUCUUACACCUUCUCCUACUACGGCAAGGUUGGCUCCCACCGCUACCGCUUCCGGCGAGCCAACGCCAUCGUCUUGAUCAAGUCCUCUCGGAGUAUGAACGACAUCUACGACAUGCAGAAGAGGCAGCGACAGAGGUAUCGGCACAGGAACCAGAGUGGCGCGACCAACUCCAGCGGCGACACGGAGAGCGAAGAAGGAGAAACUGAAACCACGGUCAGGCUCCUGUGGCUGUCCAUGCUCAAGAUGCCCAAGGAAUUGCUACGGCUUUGUGUUUGUCACCUGUUGACCUGGUUUUCCAUCAUUGCUGAAGCUGUAUUCUACACAGACUUCAUGGGGCAAGUCAUCUUUCACGGUGACCCCAAAGCCUCUUCUAAUUCUACUGAAUUUCUUGCCUACAAUUCUGGUGUUCAGAUGGGCUGCUGGGGAUUAGUCAUCUAUGCUGCUACAGCUGCUGUGUGUUCAGCCUUACUGCAGAAGUACCUGGACAAUUACGACCUUAGCAUACGAGUGAUCUACAUCCUGGGCACGCUGGGGUUCUCCAUAGGAACCGCGUUCAUGGCCAUGUUUCCGAACGUUUACGUGGCCAUGAUCAUGAUCAGCACCAUGGGCAUUGUCUCCAUGAGUAUCUCCUACUGCCCCUACGCGCUUCUCGGGCAAUACCAUGAAAUCAAGCAGUAUAUUCACCAUAGCCCUGGGAACUCCAAGCGAGGAUUUGGCAUCGACUGUGCCAUUCUGUCCUGCCAGGUCUACAUCUCCCAAAUCCUGGUGGCCUCUGCCCUCGGAGGUGUGGUGGACGCCGUAGGCACAGUCCGGGUCAUACCGAUGGUGGCUUCAGUGGGCUCCUUCUUGGGCUUCCUGACGGCCACUUUUUUGGUCAUCUACCCGGAUGUUGGUGAGAGUUCCAAGGAAGAGCAGAAAGGACUGGCUCCUCCCAACGUGGCGGAAAGCAGUGGCCUGGACGAGGAGAAACCAGCCGUGAUCAAGCUCUCUCGGAAAGAAGUGGCCACAGCCGACGUGGAAAGCGAAUCCACCGUUUGAACAAAACACCCUCUUUCGCAUACAUUCCAAGCAGUUCCGGUGCAUGACUUGGAACAUGGUUGAACAGGCAAAUCUGAACUUUCGGAAGACAUCUUCGCUGUGAGACUUGCAGCCAUGGAUUAAAAUGGUUCUUUCAUGCAAGUGUCGUUGAAAUCCCAUAGUGCUAGGAUAGGUCGCUGACAUGCUGAUUAUUUUCUCUACAGUCCCGAAAUAACUUGGUUCUUAGAGGUAUGUUUAAUGAAGAGAAAUACACUGGGGUUCCCAGGUGACCUCCCCCCAGACAGAAAAGCUCUUCCUGCAUGUGUAUUCUGGGCUUUUUUUGUUUGUUUGUUUUUCUACAUUAUCCUGGCAUUCCCCCCCCCCCAAAUGUCUCAGAUGAUUAAUUUGGACAGUUUAUUUUUCGUGAUUUAUUUUAGAUUGUAACUGAAAAUGGAAAAGCCAUUCUGGUUGCAGUUAUUGAAGAGGCUCAUUUUUUUUCCUCUCUCUUUCUUGGGCUUGGUCUAAACUCUUUGGACCACGAGGUUUCAGUAGGAGAAGCCCUACGGUUGCAUCAACCAGACUUGACGUUAGACCUGAUGCAGUCUUAAAAUAACAACUGCAAGUCUUGGGUUUUCUCCCUUUUUCAAUCUUAGCCUGGAUGUCAUCGUUUUGGGUGCAAUUGAUAUUUCUCCUUGAACCCAUUGCAAGCAAUAACUCCCAAAAAUUGCUAUCCUUUUUUUUCCAAUGAGUUCCUUAAAACAUUUGUCCCCAACAGCUAUCGCUUGUCAUAGUUUCUGAACUGUGAUCUUCUUUGCUAAGGAACUGGGGGAAGUGUCUGUCCCUGGGAAGAACUUUAAUUGGGCCUCAGAUGGCCUUUGGGGUUUGAAGGAGAACAUGCUGUGACUCUUUUGACCAACUCACUGGUCAUUUAUUGGACUAUUCUUUUCUUGGACUCUUCCUUUCCUUUUGAAGGGUGUUAUGUGUGGCCUUUGAAAGUCAAUCAUCUCCUUUGUGAGGAAGCUGCUUUGAGUUUGGGGACCUCCCUUGGUUGGUUUCUUCACUAUAGAAGGGGAGGGUUUCCCUGGUUUGGAAGGGCCUUUCGAUUGCACUUUUUCUGAGCUUUCUGGGUGGGAAAUGGUGAUAGUUGAGUUUUAAAAGGUAGUCUCGCUCUAACGAGCAAAAACCAAAGGCCUACCUCUGAUCCCACAGGCUAGUGUGUGUGUAGGUGUGGCUGGUUUGUUCGUUCAAAAUAUAUAUAUAUAUCUUGAAACAGCUUUGGGCCUUAAAGAAUCCAACAUUUUAAAAGAUGCUGUAUCUUUUUCCUUGGUCUAGGAAUACAAUUACUAGAAUCUUACCAGAUUCUCUCUCCCCCCUCCCCAUCCCUUUAAUCCCAAACUCUUCCACCCCCUCCUUCCCCACUUUUGACUUAAUGCUGGUUUCAAGAUAGUGGUAGUUAACACGUACUGGAGACUAUUCUUGGAAGAUGGGGGGAAAGAGUCCCCCUUUUUUUUCCCAGCAAGACACAGGUCAUGGGCAGGCCAGAUGCCGAUACCAAACCAAGUCAACGUUAGGAGUGAGCAGCCUCUUACAGGGAUCUCAUAACACAGAGGACUUUCAUUAGGAACUUUCUCCAGUGGAAGAAGGUGUUGGCCUUGGGCCAUUCCAGUUGGCUGGCAGCAGGCCGAAGCGGUGGCUCUGGUUCACACAGAGGGAGGGUGGCAAAGCCAAGCCUGCUCUUUUUUUGUGAUACUCGUGGCCACCUCAAAGACAUCUACAUAAAAAUGCAGUAAUUUAAAAUGCAUGCCUCAAACCAUGCUGUAAAUGUAAUAAUUCAAAAGCCAAUACUUUUCUCUCUCUUUAUCUAUCCAUAUAUAUAUCAGAAUGAAUCUCAGAUAUAUAUAUAUACAGUUCUCAGAAUGAAAAGCAGUUUUUAAUAAAUUACUUGAAUCGUCAAUAUAUUGAAAAAAAGAAUAUGUAUGUUUUACAUGGCUAAAGCGAUAAUCGUCUUGCUGGCACCUUUGACUAGUUUGGCCGCAUCUUCUGUUUGUUUCUUAGCUGAGCUUUUCAGACCAACGAUUUACCGUUCUGACCUCCAUCAGGGGAGCGAGGACGUUCUUUGUAGACCAGGGAGUUUUCAUAAAUGCUCAUUUUAUACAGGGUUUCACAGAUUUAUUUUUCUAAAUACUGUAUCUGAAAGGGGGGAAAACACGAAGUUCCUUCCCCCUGGAAAAAAAACAUGAUUUGGGGCAUUUUAUUUGAAACAUGUUUCCCAAGGAACAGUUAUCCUCCCGCUGGAAGCAUUCAGUUUAUAAAGUUCAUUUUGUGAGGGACCCGAGCCAGGAUAGGAGCCUUUCCUGUCUACAGGACAGCUUUUAUUUAACUAUAGAAGCAGCUUUUCUUCAACAUACUAAUUUACAGUAAUUAUAUUAAGGAUCAAAUUGUACCUGGAAGGAUCUUACUUAAAGGGUGGCAAACAGGGCGUUUGCCAUUUCAGGCUUGAUCCUACCUUGUAUCAUGAAGUUUAUUGGGGGGGGAGAGAGAACUGAUCCUUCUUCAUUUGAACUCCCCCCCCCUUGGUGCGAUUUGAACUGCUGCCCUUCCCUUAUCAGAGGGAAUCAAAAGUAGGAAACACCAUGAUAUUUGGCAAGAGUCCGAGAACUUUGCCAUUCCUAGUUGAACAAAGUGGCCGGGGGGGUCUCCAUUUUAACUGCACUGUUUUUGGUUCAGAAUCUGGAAUGCCAGACCCCCAGGUGCAUUCUAAAUAUUGUGACCAGUAGCCUGUCUGAUUUUCAUCACGUAGAAAACAAGGGCAGAAAGCAGUUUUCCGCAUUUCAUGGCAUGUCUGGUCACGCCCUUGGCUCUGCAAUGGGACAUCCUGGGAAAUGGGGGGAAACCGCGUGUGCAGUUGCGAUGACAGAACUAACCGCUUGUCAAGAUUCGUAGACCAGAGAGAGAAGUAGGUAUCAGAAUGUGAAGGGGCUCUUUGUAGUGGGACCUAGCCUGGUGGCUGGGCGUUUCUUCUCGACUUUUAAAAUUCUUGAUAAAAUUUCUUUGUUCCACACACUGCUACUGUCUCUGAAAUAUAACCCAGAAGCAGGAAGAGAAAUUUUAUCAAGAAUUUUAAAAGUAGAGAAGAAACGCUUGUAUAUAUGCUUUCCACGUGUCCUGUAAAAACUGUCCGGAACACCCUGUGUAAAUUCAUUCCCAGGUUAAAUGCAGAUUUGCCCUUCAAACUCCAUAUGAUUUGGCUUUUAUGGCUUCUUAUACAAGGCACGCUGGAUUUUAAGUUGGAACCUCUUAAUAGAAUUCUGGAAUCUUAAGUCCUAGUGAUCCUCGUGGGAAGCCGUGGCAGAGGCACCACUUGUUUUGAUGGAAGCGUACAAGUGCUUUGUUUUCUUUUACUUGCCUCUUCCAGAAAGUGUUGUGGUUGGUUUCCUUUGGUGCCUCCCCACCUUUACGGCCAGAGUGUAAGCCAGGUUUCUGGAAUACCUGCUCGCCAGCCAUGUGUGUCACAGUGAAAGCCUUCAGCCUUCAGCUUCGGGUGGCAGGUUAUUAUUAAUAUUUUUUGCAUAAGAUUUUAGACAAUUGAAAGUUUCCCUUCAAAAAUUAAAAAUAAAUAUAAUUGAUAAUCCAGGGGCAACAUCCAUCUAAGGCAUUUCCCCCAGGUAGUCUCCAUAAUGUUCUCCUCUUUCACCUGCUCUGUUUCACCAACUCUGUUAUCCAGAUUUGCAGUAGGAUUACUAACCAAGGCAUGUAGAACUCUGUUCCUCUUUUAAGAGGAGAAGCUAUUGUGGGAUGAGAUACGCAGUCUGCCUUUGGGGGUUGGCAUUCACUGGAUUCUUCCAAAUCCUAUCCAGUGCUUUUACAUUUAGGCUAUUGGUUGAAAAAAAAAAGGGCAUACUGUAACUUCUUGAAAGAAGAUGAGCCCAUCAUGGCCCUCACCCCGUGUUAGGAGUUGCCCUUUCCUUCUUGAUUCUUCCUCCUCCUUGGUUCUCAUGGAGAAAAAGCCUGUGGACAGUUCCUGGCUGGAUUUUAAGGAGGAUAGGCUUUGGCUAGAGGGGGGGCAUUGUAAUCUGUCCAGGCCUUCCUUUGAACAGAUCGAAUGGAAAGCUUAGAGAGGGCUGUGGCAGCACCGGAGCAGAACUGAAAUGAACGGUUUCAUUAAUGACGCAAUACCUCAUCUGCACAGAAAGCCAUAAUCUUAAAAAAAAUGUCUGAAGCAGGUUGGAGCUGUUUUUAUUCAUUUCCGUGGUUUUUAAAGAGGCUUACGAUAUCCCUUGGAGGCACUGUUUUGUCCCGUGGUGGGAAAGAAUGAAGUAGAUGUGCUCCAGGAUAUUUUGGUUUCUGGUGCUGGGAGGCAAGAAGCCAAGGCUGCUGCUACUGGUGGAUCCCUGCCUUGUGAAGCACUUUGUGAUCACUCAAAAGAUAGCCACACAUUUUGAUGUGUUCCUUUCUUUGCAGCUCAACCUCCUGGCCAUCAGACACUCUCCCCCCCCCCAACCGCAUCUCUAAAAUCCUUUUCAUAAUUUAAGAGUUGGGCCCCAAACCCCCUUAUUCCACACUGCAACAUUUGGGUUUUACUACAGUUCUUCACCACCAGCUAACAAGAUGUAGUCAGCUAUGACCUAGAACCUUUUGUUGCUUUGCAAAGAACCGAAAAUCCUGCAUGACUCCCUUCCGAGCACAUGUAGUAACUUGAGUACCUGAAGUGUCUUUUGUGGCAAAACAUAGUUUGGUUAUUCCUUUGCAGCUAUCCUCGUUUUCUGUUAUUAGGCCAAAUAAAUAUUAACAGACACCAAAUCUCCCAACGGAAAUGGAAAACAAUUACUGUGUUGUGAAAAGGGGAGGGGAAAGAUACCAAACUUUU